AAGAAAGAAAGCGGAAGAGAAAUCAAGGCAGAAGAGAAGCCAGCAAUCCCCAACACGAAGCGAAAGAAACACCAAACUGAGCUUCUCCAAGAGAGCUUUACAAAGCCUCGAACCUCCCUUGGCGUGCGCGUGCUGGAGUCUGUGAAGUUUCUUCAUGCGCUGGGGAAGAAGAAUGAUAAGAAAACUGGGCUCUCUUCCUGUCAGGUCUUGGGAAAUUCAAGCAACCCGAAAGACCCCCAGCCCCCAGCUAGCCAACCAUGGCGGCAUACCCCACGUGAGGUUAAGAGUCCUGAGAAAACUCAAGUCAAAGCCCAGAAACCAGACAGCAGUGCUGAAACAGAGUGUCCAUCUCCAUCCCAGUAUGAGCUACCUCCUCCUGGGAAGGUCAGCUUGAUACCUUUGCCUUUCUCUGCCUGGGACAAGCCUCAAGCUCGACCCGCUCCUCGGAGGCCACAGUCUCUGGCCUCACAUCGACCUGCUGUGGCUUACCGUGCCCAGCCUGGUUCUACUAACUCAGCUCAACCUGCUGCAGUCAAUUCAUCCCAGCCAGCUCCUGCCUCUCUGCCAGGUCCUGCCAAACCAGCUCAGCCAACUGUGACCAACCCAACCCAACCGGGUUGGACCAACCAUACCCAGCCUAGUGUCCCUCAGUCUGCUGCUCCUAGGCCUGCACCCUACAAAACUUCACCUUGCACUUCUCUCCAGCGGGAGCCCGUUCCCCCUGCUGUGACUAAGCGCCAGUCCCCACCCAAGCUCCAAACCCAAUUUCUACUCCAAGACUUCAGCAAGCAACGAAUUCCAUGGAGGGAACCCAAUGUGCCUGAGCCAGUAAUGUCAAAGCCCAUCGAACGAGAGCAGAGGCCAGAGCGAGAGGCCAUGCAGAGGCGGGCUCAACAAGAACGUGAGAAUGCUGCCAAAUACAUCUCUUCGGGGAAACUGCAAUUUUUCACUGAGAGGGAAAAAGAAAUGGAAAUUGCUGACUACUACGGAUAUGUAAAGUGA